CACAGUACUUUACUCACAAGGGCAGACCCAGACUCCAUAGCCCAUAGGCACAACAGAGUGAGAGGAAGAAAGGAAAAGGGUGAAAAAAAACACGGGAAAAAAAGGACCGAGCUGAAGCCAUUGAGGGAGCGAGGAGGUUAGGAGAGGAUAGAAAGAUAGAGAAAUCAUAGGUUUGUAAAGCAUUUAGUGGAUUCUGGCCACAGGACUGCACACUCUGGGACAAAGCAAAAGGGCCAAAGAUAGACACAAGAAACGCUGAGGUUCCUAUCAAGAGGAAACCCGCCGAAGAUCUUCAGUCAUUAGGAAUAUUAUUUUGUGAGCCGUCAAACAAUGACAAUGAACUCUCAACAGCAGAAAUACAGGAAUUUCUCCACUGACAGUCUGGGGAGAGACAGGGUGCCCUCAGAUGAUGGUUAUUACCAAGGGAUGCUAAAGGCUACGGACGGACGGAAAGAUGAACGAGAUCGGGUACAGAAGAAAACCUUCACAAAAUGGAUUAACAAGCAUUUGAUUAAGGCACAGCGUCAUGUGACAGAUCUGUAUGAAGACCUUCGAGAUGGACAUAACCUGAUCUCGUUGUUGGAGGUCCUCUCUGGAGAAACACUGCCUAGAGAGAAAGGACGAAUGCGGUUCCACAAACUGCAGAAUGUACAGAUUGCCCUGGACUUCCUGAAACACCGGCAGGUCAAGCUGGUUAACAUCAGAAAUGACGACAUAGCAGACGGGAACCCCAAGCUGACAUUGGGGUUAAUAUGGACUAUCAUCCUCCACUUCCAGAUCUCAGACAUUCAGAUCAACGGCCAAUCAGAAGACAUGACAGCCAAGGAGAAGUUGCUGCUCUGGUCCCAGAGGAUGACAGACGGCUACCAGGGCAUCCGCUGCGACAACUUCACCACCAGCUGGAGGGACGGCAAACUCUUCAAUGCUGUCAUACAUAGGCACUACCCCAGACUCAUUGACAUGGGCAAAGUGUACAGACAGACCAACCUUGAAAACCUGGAACAGGCCUUUGGUGUGGCUGAAAGAGACCUGGGAGUGACCCGCCUCCUGGACCCUGAAGAUGUUGAUGUCCCACAUCCUGAUGAGAAAUCCAUCAUCACUUAUGUUUCAUCUCUAUAUGACGUCAUGCCUCGUGUUGAUGUCCAUGAUGGCGCCAGAGCUAAUGAUCUGGAGCUGCGCUGGCAGGAAUAUUACGAGCUGGUGACCCUUCUGCUCCAGUGGAUCCGCCACCAUGUCACCAUCUUUGAGGAGAGAAAGUUCCCCAGCAGCUACGCGGAGAUAGAGCUUCUUUGGCAUCAGUUCUUGAAGUUCAAGGAGGCAGAACUGCCAGUGAAAGAGUUCAACAAAAGCCACUCUAAACAGAUCUACCAGUCCUUUGAGAGUGCGGUUCAUGCUGGCCAGGUUAAGGUACCCCCCGGCUACCAUCCCAUCGAUGUGGAGAAGGAGUGGGGCCGACUUCACGUGGCCAUACUUGAGAGAGAACGACUGCUCAGGAUUGAGUUUGAGAGAUUGGAGAAGCUGCAGAGGAUUUUCAGCAAGGUUCAGAUGGAGUCAGGGUUGUGUGAUGAUCAUCUCAGUCAUCUGGAUAGCCUAUUGCAGAAGGACAUCGCUCUGUUGAAUGCAGGGAAACCAGCUCAGCACACAGCAGAGGUAGACAGGGAGCUGGACAAGGCAGAAAACGCGAUCCGCCUGCUCUUUAAUGAUGUUCAGAUUCUUAAGGAUGGGCGCCACCCUCAGGCGGAACAGAUGUACCGCAAAGUUUACCGUAUUCAUGAGCGCCUGGUGAACUUGCGCAGCGAUUACAACCUCCGUCUGAAGGUUUCUACUGUCCAGGUUCCCAUCACCCAGAGCCAGCAGUCGACCAGCAUGAAGGUGCGGCCAGAGUUGGACGAUGUGACACUUCACUAUGUUCAAGACCUUCUGGCCUGGGUGGAAGAGAACCAGCGUCGAAUUGAAAAAGCAGAGUGGGGAUCAGAUCUGCCCUCUGUGGAAUCCCAACUGGCCAGCCACAGAGGUCUGCAUCAGACCGUGGAGGACUUUAAAUCCAAGAUUGAGCGGGCCAAGUCUGAUGAGGGUCAGUUAUCACCUGUCAGCAAGGGGACAUAUAGAGAAUACUUGGGAAAACUGGACCUUCAGUAUGGCAAACUACUGAACUCCUCCAAGUUUCGGCUGAGGAACUUGGAAUCCCUUAACGCUUUUGUCACCGCUGCAACCAAAGAAUUAAUGUGGCUGAAUGACAAAGAAGAGGAGGAGGUCAAUUAUGACUGGAGUGACAGGAACACCAACAUGACAGUGAAGAAAGAAAAUUACUCUGGCCUCAUGCGUGAGUUGGAGCUAAGAGAGAAGAAGGUUAAUGACAUCCAGGCUAUAGGAGACAAACUUGUCAGAGAUGGACAUCCUGGGAAGAAGACAGUUGAGGCUUUCACAGCUGCCCUGCAGACUCAGUGGAGCUGGAUCCUGCAGCUGUGCUGCUGCAUAGAAGCUCACCUUAAAGAAAACACAGCUCAUUAUCAGUUCUUUGCUGAUGUAAAGGAAGCUCAGGACAAGAUGAAGAAGAUGCAAGAGAGCAUGAAGAAGAAAUACAGCUGUGACCGCUCUACAACAGCCACACGCUUGGAGGAUCUGCUGCAGGAUGCUGCGGAGGAAAAAGAACAGCUGAAUGAAUUUAAGACUUUGCUCAGUGGACUGAACAAAAAGUCCAAGACUAUCAUCCAGCUGAAACCCCGUAAUUCAAUCACCCCCAUCAAAGGCAAGCUGCCCAUUCAGGCUGUCUGUGACUUCAAGCAGCAGGAGAUCACUGUCCAUAAAGGAGAUGAAUGUGCUCUACUCAACAACUCGCAGCCCUUCAAGUGGAAGGUUUUAAAUCGCUCUGGAAAUGAAGCAGUGGUUCCUUCAGUCUGCUUCCUUGUGCCUCCGGUCAAUAAAGAGGCAGUAGACAGUGUAUCUAGUCUGGAUUCAAGUCUCCAGCAGAUGACCUCCAUGUGGCAAAUACUUCACAUUAACAUGAAGAGUCUGCUGUCAUGGCAGUACCUAAUGAGAGAUUUUACGCAGAUCCGCUCCUGGAACAUUGCCAUGUUGAAGACCAUGAAACCAGAGGAUUACCGGAUGGUAAUGAGAAACCUGGAAGUCCACUACCAAGACUUCAUGCGUGACAGCCAGGACUCACAGCUCUUCAGCCCUAAUGACCGUAUACAAGUGGAGGAAGACUACACCAAAGUCAGCCAGCAUUUUGACAAUCUGCUAAGCUCCAUGGAAAAAGGUCAACAGGAUGAGACCCUGUGCAAGAACUACAUCUGUGAGAUCAAGGAUCUUCGUCUCCGUAUAGAGGACUGUGAGUUGCAGACUGUGGUUCGCAUCCGCAAACCAGUGGCUAAAGAGCCUCUGAAGGAAUGCAGUCAGAAAAGGACAGAGCAGCAGAAAGUCCAGGUAGAAAUUGAAGGACUUAAGAAGGACCUGGAUAAGGUAUCUGUAAAAACACAGCAAGUGUUGGCUUCCCCUCAGCAGCCUGCCUCAGCUCCUUUGUUGCGGUCAGAACUUGACGUUACUGUGCAGAAGAUGGACCACGUCUACAUGCUCUCUUCUGUUUAUCUUGAGAAGCUGAAGACUGUGGACAUGGUAAUCCGUAACACCCAGGGAGCUGACGGAGUCCUGAAGCAGUAUGAGGACUGUCUGCGAGAGGUUCAUGCUGUACCCAGCGAUAUCAAGGAAGUAGAGACUCAAAGAUCCAAGCUUAAGAAAAUGCGAGCUGAAGCUGAGAGUGAGCAGCCAGUGUUCGACUCGUUGGAGGAGGAGCUGAAGAAAGCCUCUGCUGUCAGCAACAAGAUGUCCUGUGUGCACACAGAGCGGGACAUUGAGCUGGACCACUAUCGCCAGCUGACGACUAGUCUCCAGGACCGCUGGAGAGCUGUAUUCACCCAGAUUGACCUCCGUCAGAGAGAGCUGGAGCAGUUAGGUCGACAACUUGGUUACUACCGUGACAGCUAUGACUGGCUAAUCCGCUGGAUCGACGAUGCUAAGCAAAGGCAGGAGAACAUCCAGGCUGUGCCAAUCACUAACAGCAAAACUCUUAAAGAUCAGCUGGCACAGGAGAAGAAACUGCUGGAGGAGAUUGAACAGAACAAAGACAAAGUUGAUGAAUGUCAAAAGUAUGCUAAAGCAUACAUUGAUACAAUCAAGGACUAUGAACUGCAGUUGGUUGCCUAUAGAGCUCAGGUGGAGCCUCUUGCUUCUCCUUUGAAGAAAGCUAAACUGGAUUCUGCUUCUGACAACAUCAUUCAGGAGUAUGUAACUCUGAAGACUAAGUACAGCGAACUGAUUACUCUUACUAAUCAGUACAUCAAGUUCAUGAUCGACAUGCAGCAACGCCUGGAGGACGAGGAGAAAGCUGCUCAGAAACUCAAAGCCGAAGAGCAGAAAAAGAUGGCGGAGAUGCAGGCUGAGUUAGACAAACAGAAGCAGUUAGCUGAAGCUCACGCGAAGGCCGUUGCUAAAGCUGAGAAAGAGGCCCAGGAGCUGAAGCUACAAAUGCAAGAAGAAGUAAACAGGAGACAAAUUGCUGCUGUAGAUGCAGAAAAGCAAAAGCAAAAUAUCCAGCUGGAGCUAAGUGAGCUUAAACACCUCUCAGAGCAACAGAUCAAAGACAAAAGCCAGCAGGUGGAUGAAGCUCUACAUAGCAGAGUCAAGAUUGAAGAGGAGAUCCGCCUUAUAAGAAUCCAGCUUGAGAAUACUGUCAAACAAAAGGCUACUGCAGAAUCUGAGCUCAAGCAACUUCGCGAUAGAGCUGAUGAAGCUGAGAAACUCAGAAAAGCAGCCCAGGAAGAGGCAGAGAAGCUCCGUAAGCAGGUCAGUGAAGAGGCACAGAAAAAGCGCAUGGCUGAGGAGGAACUUAAACGCAAAUCUGAGGCAGAGAAGGACGCAGCGAGACAAAAACAAAAAGCUCUUGAAGAUCUUGAAAACCUCAGAAAGCAGGCUGAGGAAGCUGAAAGGCAAGUCAAGCAAGCAGAGGUUGAAAAAGAAAGACAAAUCAAAGUAGUUCAUGAAGCAGCCCAGAAGAGCGCUGCUGCUGAACUCCAGAGCAAACACAUGUCAUUUGCAGAAAAAACCUCCAGAUUGGAGGAAUCACUCAAACAAGAGCACGGUGCUGUCCUUCAGCUGCAGCAAGAAGCAACUCAUCUUAAGAAACAACAGGAGGAUGCAGAAUAUGCCAGGGAAGAAGCUGAAAAAGAACUGGACAAAUGGAGACAGAAAGCCAACGAAGCCCUUCGUCUAAGACUUCAAGCUGAAGAAGAAGCACACAAAAAGACCCUAGCCCAAGAAGAAGCUGAGAAACAAAAAGAGGAGGCAGAGCGUGAGGCCAAGAAAAGAGCCAAAGCUGAGGAGUCAGCUCUGAAGCAGAAGGACAUGGCUGAGAAAGAACUUGAGAGGCAGAGGAUGGUAGCUGAGAGUACAGCUCAGCAGAAGCUCACUGCGGAACAGGAGCUUAUUUGGCUACGGGCGGAUUUUGACAAUGCAGAACAACAGAGAUCCUUGCUUGAGGAUGAACUCUACCGCCUGAAGAAUGAGGUCAUUGCUGCACAGCAAGAGAGGAAACAACUAGAAGAUGAACUGGCCAAAGUUAGGACUGAGAUGGAUUUACUCAUCCAGCUAAAGUCUAAGGCAGAAAAGGAGUCGAUGUCCAACACAGAGAAAAGUAAACAACUUCUUGAAGCAGAAGCCUCCAAGAUGAGGGACCUGGCUGAGGAGGCAAGUCGACUCAGAGCCAUUUCGGAGGAAGCCAAGCAUCAGCGGCAAAUUGCAGAGGAAGAGGCUGCUCGACAGAGAGCGGAAGCUGAGAGAAUUCUUAAAGAGAAACUUGCUGCAAUCAGUGAGGCCACCCGGCAAAAAACAGAGGCGGAGAUUGCCCUAAAAGAGAAGGAGGCAGAAAACGAGAAACUCAGGAGACAAGCCGAGGAUGAGGCCUAUCAGAGGAAAGCCCUCGAGGACCUGGCAAACCAACACAAGCAAGACAUUGAAGAAAAGAUUGUUCAACUCAAAAAGUCGUCUGCGGUUGAAAUGGACAGACAAAGAGCAUUAGUGGAUGACACACUCAAACAGAAGCGAAUUGUUGAAGAAGAAAUUCAAAUCCUUAAGCUUAACUUUGAAAAGGCUUCAUCUGGAAAACUUGAUCUGGAGCUAGAACUUAAUAAGCUAAAAAACAUUGCAGAGGAAACUCAACAAAGCAAGCUCAGAGCAGAAGAGGAGGCAGAGAAGCUGAGGAAAAUUGCCCUUGAGGAAGAGAACAGGAGAAGGGACGCAGAAGAAAAGGUCAAGAAAAUUGCUGCGGCAGAGGAAGAGGCGGCCAGACAACGCAAGGCAGCCCAAGAAGAGCUUGAACGUCUGAAGAAGAAAGCAGAAGAAGCCAGAAAGCAGAAAGAUGAAGCUGAUAAAGAAGCUGAAAAACAGAUUGUUGUUUCCCAACAAGCCGCUUUUAAAUGCAGUGCAGCAGAGCAGCAAGUGCAAAGUGUCCUUGCUCAACAAAAAGAGGACAGCGUAAUGCAGCGGAAACUUAAGGAAGAGUAUGAGAAAGCCAAGAAGCUUGCCAAAGAGGCCGAAGCUGCUAAGGAGAAGGCAGAAAGGGAGGCAGCUCUCCUUCGCCAACAAGCAGAGGAAGCGGAAAGACAAAAGGCCGCUGCGGAGCAGGAAGCUGCCAUCCAAGCCCAAGCCCAGGAAGAUGCUGAGAGGUUGAGGAAGGAGGCUGAAUUUGAAGCUGCUAAGCGAGCACAAGCAGAAACUGCAGCGCUCAUGCAGAAACAACAAGCAGAUGCUGAAAUGGCAAAGCAUAAAAAACUGGCCGAGCAAACGCUAAAACAAAAGUUCCAAGUGGAGCAAGAGCUCACAAAGGUUAAACUUCAGCUUGAUGAAACGGAUAAACAGAAAUCUGUCCUGGAUGAAGAGCUCCAGCGCCUGAAGGAUGAAGUUGAUGAUGCAGUCAAACAAAAGGCCCAGGUGGAGGAUGAACUGUUCAAAGUUAAGGUUCAAAUGGAAGAACUACUCAAACUGAAAAUAAAAAUUGAGGAGGAAAAUCAGCGGCUAAUCAAAAGAGACAAAGAUAACACACAAAAGUUUCUUGUUGAGGAAGCUGAGAAUAUGAAAAAGCUUGCAGAAGAUGCUGCUAGGCUCAGUGUUGAAGCCCAGGAGGCUGCUCGCUUAAGACAGAUCGCAGAAGAUGACCUCAACCAGCAACGCGCACUGGCGGACAAAAUGCUCAAAGAGAAAAUGCUAGCCAUACAAGAGGCAUCCAGACUCAGAGUUGAGGCUGAGAUGCUCCAAAAGCAGAAAGAUUUAGCUCAGGAGCAGGCGCAAAAGCUUUUGGAGGAUAAACAGCUAAUGCAGCAGCGUCUAGAGAAGGAAACGGAGGUGUACCAACGAUCACUUGAAACAGAAAGGAAAAAGCAACUGGGGAUCCUAGCUGAAGCUGAAAAACUCAAACUUCAGGUCUCUCAGCUCAGUGAUGCCCAGGCCAAAGCUGAAGAGGAGGCGAAAAAAUUUAAGAAACAGGCUGAUGCAAUUGCAGCACACCUUCAUGAGACUGAAAUUGCCACAAAAGAAAAGUUGACUGCUGUCCAAAGACUGGAAUUUGAGAGACAAAAUACCAGCAAAGAGGCUGAUAAUUUACGCAAAGCAAUUGCAGACCUAGAGAAUGAGAAGGCUAGACUGAAAAAGGAGGCUGAGGACCUUCAAAAUAAGUCAAAAGAGAUGGCUGAUGCACAACAGAAACAAAUUGAGCAUGAAAAGACCAUGCUUCAGCAGACAUUCUUGACAGAAAAGGAGAUGCUAUUGAGGAAGGAGAAGCUUAUUGAAGAAGAGAAGAAAAAACUGGAGAGCCAGUUUGAAGAGGAAGUAAGGAAGGCAAAAGCUCUCAAAGAUGAACAAGAACGCCAGAGACGCCAGAUGGAAGAGGAGAAGAAGAACCUUCUAGCUACCAUGGAUGCAGCACUCAGUAAACAGAAAGAGGCAGAGCAAGAAAUGCUUAACAAGCAAAAAGAAAUGCAAGAACUAGAGAGAAAGAGAUUAGAACAAGAACAAAUUCUUGCAGAAGAGAACCAGAAACUUCGUCAGAAAUUACAGCAGCUUGAAGAAGCCCAGAAAGAAACAGACAAUGAGACAAAUAAAGUUCCAGGCAAACAUGUCCAUGUAACAAUGAUUGAGACAACAAAGACAAUUUACAAUGGUCAAACUGCUAGUGAUAUGGUAGAUGGUGUAGAAAAGAAACCAGAUCCUUUAGCUUUUGAUGGCAUCCGUGAUAAGGUACCAGCAAGCAGACUCCAUGACCUGGGUCUUUUACCCAAGAAGGAGUUUGAAAUGCUUAAAGAUGGCAAAACCACUGUUCAGGAGCUUAGUGAAACUGAAAAUCUAAAACAAGUUCUUAAAGGAAAGAAUGCUAUUGCUGGUGUUUUAACACCAACUAAUCAAAAACUGUCAAUAUAUCAAGCAUCCAAGGAAAAGAAAAUCACUCCUGGAACAGCUAUGAUCCUUCUUGAAGCACAGGCAGCCACAGGAUACAUCUUAGACCCCAUCAAGAAUCAGAAACUUUCUGUUAAUGAAGCAGUCAAAGAAGGUUUGAUUGGCCCUGAACUACAUGACAAAAUGCUUUCAGCUGAAAGGGCUGUUGUUGGCUACAAAGAUCCCUACACUAGUGGAAAGAUCUCUGUUUUUGAAGCAAUGAAGAAAGGUCUGAUAGAUCGUGACCAUGCCAUAAGAGUCCUUGAAGCCCAGCUUGCCACUGGUGGCAUUAUUGACCCUGUCCACAGUCACCGUGUACCCAAUGAAACCGCCUACAAACAGGGACAGUAUGAUGCUGAAAUGAGCAAGGUUAUGGAAAAACCAUUGGAUGACACAAAGGGAUACUUUGACCCCAGCACUCAGGAACCACUGACAUAUUCUGAGCUUAUAGCAAGAUGCACUGCUGACCAGGGGUCUGGUCUGUUACUCCUACCAAUCACAGAAAAAGCUGCUCAGUGCUCGAGUAUUUACACUGAAGAAGAGACUAAAGAUGUUUUCAGCAAAACAACUGUGUCUGUGCCAUUCGGAAGAUUCAAGGGUAAAACUGUCACCAUUUGGGAGAUAAUUAACUCAGAGUACUUCACUGAAGAUCAGAAAAAGGACCUUCUCCGUCAGUACAAGACGGGCAAAAUAACUAUUGAAAAGAUCAUUAGGAUUGUUAUUACUGUGGCUGAGGAGAAAGAGAAGAAGAAGGAAAUUACCUUUGAUGGUUUAAGAACAGCUGUUCCUGCCAGUGAGCUCCUGGAAUCCAAAGUAAUCGAUAAUGAUCUUUAUAACAAAUUGCUAAAGGGAAACGUGUCAGCCAAGGAGGUCUCGGUAAUGAAACCAGUUCACAAAGCACUCCAGGGUACAAACUGCAUAGCUGGGGUACUCAUUGACUCAUCCAAGGAGACAAUGUCCUUUUAUCAAGCUAUGAAGAGGGACAUGAUGAGGGCUGAGCUUGCUUUCAAAAUGCUUGAAGCUCAAGCAGGAACAGGUUAUGUGGUUGACCCUGUUCAAGAUAAAAAGUAUACCGUUGAUGAGGCUGUCAAAGCUGGGGUUGUUGGUCCUGAGCUGCAUGAAAAGCUCCUGUCUGCAGAGAGAGCUGUUACUGGUUACAAAGAUCCUUACACUGGAAACACUGUCUCUCUCUUCCAAGCAAUGAAGAAAGAUCUGAUUCCUAAAGAGCAAGGUAUCAGACUACUUGAUGCCCAAAUGACCAGUGGUGGCAUCAUUGAUCCAGUGAAGAGCUAUCAUAUACCUUAUGAUGUUGCUUGCAUAAGAAAUUAUUUCGAUGAUGAAAUGAAACAGCGUCUAAGCAGUCAAACAGAUGAAACUAAAUGUUUCUUUGAUCCAAACACAAAAGAAAAUGUCACAUACUCGCAGCUGUUUGAGAGAUGUAUUUCUGACCAAAAAACUGGUCUUAAGCUUCUUCCACUUAGUGAUGAAGCAAUCAAUGAUAAAGAAGAAGCAACAUACACCGAAGCCCAGACAAAAGAGGCUAUGACACAGGCAACUGUGGAGCUUGACUGUGGACCAUUCAAGGGCAGAAAGAUGACACUCUGGGAAAUUAUUAAUUCUGACUAUCUCACUGAAGAACAGAGACUCGAAUUGCUUAGACAGUUUAGAUCAGGAAAAGUUACUAUUGAAAAGAUUAUCAAGAUCAUUAUCACAAUUGUGGAAGAAAAGGAAGCUAAGAAAAAGGAACAGUCCAGCUUUAAGGGGCUCAGAGAUCACGUUUCUGCAGACUACUUGUUUGACUCCAAAAUAAUUGACAAAGAAACCUUGGGCCUCCUUCAAAAAGGCAAAACAACACCUAAAAAAGUCAGUGAGUAUCCAAGUGUAAGUAAAUACCUCCAGGGCACUGAAAGUAUUGCUGGAAUCUACCUGGAGCCAACAAAGGAAAAAAUAAGUAUUUAUCAGGCUAUGAAGAAAAAGCUCAUCAGGCACAACACUGGCCUUUUGCUUCUUGAGGCUCAGGCUGCAACUGGUUUCAUUGUAGAUCUGGUAAAAAACCAAUGUCUUUCAGUAGAUGAGGCAGUGAAGGCAGGAGUUGUUGGUCCAGAGCUCCAUGAAAAACUCCUUUCUGCAGAAAAAGCAGUCACUGGCUACAUGGAUCCAUUCACGGGAAAGAAAAUCUCCCUUUAUGAAGCAAUGCAAAAGGAUCUUAUACUUAAAGAACAUGCCAUACCCCUGCUUCAAGCACAGAUGUUCAGUGGCGGAAUCAUUGAUCCUGUAAACAGCCACCGGGUCCCAACUGAUGUGGCAUACCAAAAGAACAUUUUCAGUAAGGAAGUUGCCAAAACCUUGUCUGAAUCAUCAGAUGAAAACAAGCCUUUCUCAGAUCCAGAAACUGAUGAAAAUGCAUCCUACAAGCAACUUAAAGACAAAUGCCAUAGAGAUAAAGACACUGGCCUGUACAUCCUUCCACUCUCCAAACCUCAGUCUCCAACUGUUGUGGAGAAGACAUACCUUUAUACAGAGGAGCAAACCCAGAGUGAUCUUACCAACACCCAAAUUGAUAUUCCAAUUGAGGGCCUUGCUGAUAAACCAAUGAACCUGUGGGAUGUCAUGAACUCAAAUUUGCUUCCAGAACAGGAGAGGCAGAAACUCCUAGAAGAAUACCGUUCUGGUAAAAUCACAAAGGAACGGAUGAUCGUCAUUAUAAUUGAGAUAAUGGAGCAAAGGGAAAUUAUCAGAAAUGACAGUCCACUGUCAUAUAAGACUAUAAGAAGAAUGAUAACGAUUGAGGAACUCUACAGUGCCCGCAUCAUUGACCUGGAAACAUACAACCUUCUGAAACAGGGCAGGAGAGAUAUUCGUGAUAUAAUGGAGAUGACCAGUGUAAAACAGUAUCUCUAUGGCACAGGCUGUGUUGCUGGUGUCACCACAGACUCAAGCUCCAAGUUUAGCAUAUAUCAGGCAAUGAAAAAGGGUUUUCUUAAACCAGAAAUAGGCCUCAGUCUCCUAGAAGCACAAGCAGCAACAGGCUUUAUUAUUGAUCCAGUAAAGAAUGAGACGCUCACUGUUGAUGAAGCUGUCCGUAAGGGAGUUGUUGGACCCGAGAUCCAUGAUAAACUUCUUUCAGCUGAAAGAGCUGUCACUGGGUACAAGGAUCCAUACAGUGGCAAAGUUGUAUCUCUUUUCCAGGCCAUGAAAAAGGAUCUUGUUCCAGAGGAUUAUGCCCUGAAAAUGUUGGAGGCACAAACUGCUACUGGAGGCAUUAUUGAUCCAGAAUUCCAGUUCCAUCUUCCAGCUGACAUUGCCUUGCAAAGGGGUUAUAUCAACAAAGAGACCAAUGAGAGACUGACAGAUAACGUCAAGGGCUUCAUUGAUCCUGUUAAUGAUGAGCAAGUGUCAUAUGCUCAGCUACUAAAGAGAUGCAAACUAGAAGGUGGACUGCGCCUUCUCUCCCUGGGAGAUAAGAGGCUAACACUCAAGGGUUUGAGAAAACAGAUCACAUUGGAGGAGCUGGUUCGCUCACAGAUUAUUGACCAGCAGACUGUAACUCAACUAAAUGAAGGUGUUCUCUCAGUGGAGGAGGUUAGCAGUAGACUCUCAAGAUACCUUGAGGGAACUGGCUGCAUUGCUGGUGUCUUUUUGGAGACCACCAAAGAACGUCUAUCAAUUUACCAGGCCAUGAAGAAGAACAUGAUCAGGCCAGGCACUGCAUUUGAACUCCUCGAGUCCCAGGCAGCCACAGGAUAUGUGAUUGAUCCAAUUAAGAACCUCAAACUGACUGUAAAUGAAGCAGUAAAGAUGGGAAUUGUAGGGCCUGAAUUCAAAGACAAGCUUCUCUCGGCUGAGCGAGCUGUGACUGGGUACAGAGAUCCUUACUCAGGAAAGACAAUCUCUUUGUUUCAGGCCAUGAAAAAGGGGCUCAUCCUAAAAGAUCACGGUAUCCGUCUGCUAGAAGCUCAGAUUGCCACUGGUGGAAUUAUUGACCCAGAAGAAAGUCACCGUUUACCAGUCGAGGUAGCCUACAAUCGUGGUUUCUUUGAUGAAGAAAUGAAUGAGAUUCUGACUGACCCAUCUGAUGACACUAAGGGCUUCUUUGAUCCUAAUACUGAAGAAAAUCUAACCUACCUUCAGCUUAUGGAGAGGUGUAUCACAGAUCCUGAUACUGGCCUGGUGCUACUGCUACUGAAAGAAAAGAAGAGGGAAAGGAAGACCUCCUCCAAAUCAUCGGUCCGAAAACGCAGAAUUGUCAUUGUAGACCCAGAGACAAGCAAAGAAAUGUCUGUAUAUGAGGCCUACCGGAAAGGACUCAUUGACCACCAAACUUACCUGGAGCUCUCUGAACAGGAGUGUGAAUGGGAAGAAAUCACAAUGACCUCCUCUGAUGGCUCUGUCAAAUCUAUAAUCAUUGACAGAAGGUCAGGCAGACAGUAUGACAUUGAUGAUGCUAUGUCACGUGGACUUAUUGACCAAAAUGCUCUUCAGACAUACAGAGCUGGGAACCUGUCCAUUACAGAGUUUGCGGACAUGCUGUCUGGAGGUGUGGGAGGCUUCCGUUCACGCUCAUCCUCAUUUGGUUCCACCACUGGUUCCAGUUACUCCACUUCCAUGAGCCCCAUACCAUCCACAAAACCACCUGCAGUGAUAUGGAAUGACCCAUCAGAAGAGACAGGUCCCAUAGCUGGAAUAUUGGACAUAGACACACUGGAGAAAGUCUCAGUGACUGAGGCAAUGCACAGAAACUUGGUUGACAACAUAACAGGCCAAAGACUGCUUGAGGCCCAAGCCUGCACAGGUGGAAUUCUUGACCCUAUAAGUGGAGAUAAAUUGUCAGUUACUGAAGCUACAGAGAAAGGCUUGGUUGAUAAGGUUAUGGUUGAUCGCCUUAACCUGGCACAAAAGGCUUUUAAUGGAUUUGAAGACCCCAGAACUAAAGUGAAAAUGUCAGCUUCCCAGGCUCUGAAGAAAGGCUGGCUGUAUUAUGAGGCUGGUCAGCGUUUCCUUGAGGUUCAGUAUUUGACAGGUGGACUUAUUGAGCCUGAUGUCACAGGCCGAGUGUGUCUGGAUGAGUCCAUUAGAAAAGGAACAAUUGACGCUCGUACUGCCCAAAAACUGAGAGAUGUCAGUGCUUAUUCAAAAUAUCUAACGUGCCCAAAAACCAAAUUGAAAAUCUCUUUCAAAGAUGCCAUGGACAGAAGCAUGGUGGAGGAAGGCACUGGCUUGAGGCUUCUAGAGGCCUCCUCACAGUCUAGCAAAGGCCUAUACAGUCCCUACAAUGCCAGUGGCUCUGGAUCUGCAUAUGGCUCUCGGACCGGCUCAAGAACUGGAUCCCGAUCAGGCUCCAGGAGAGGCAGCAUUGAUGCUGGCUCAGGCUUUAGCAUGAACUUCUCAUCCUCCUCUUUCACAUCUGCAUCCAACUACAGCCGCAGAUACUGAUUAGCCAUUGCUGUUCCUGAUAACCUUUGAUUAAGAACCAAUAGUACUAAUGCACUUUAUAGCUGCAUUUCUAACAGGAAAAAUAGUUACAGUAUAAAAAAAUAUUAUUUAUUUAUUAAUAAUUGCAUGUGGUCAAAUUAAGAUAGCCUAAACUAUGGAUUUUCUUCUCUAUAUAUUUGAAUAGUAACUAUGUAAACAACUGCUUCUCUUAUGAGGAUGUAACCACACUUCACUGAAAAUCUGUAAAAUCAAUAUCCUUUAAAACAGAUUAUCAAGUCAACAUUUUCUAAGACAAAUUUCAAAGCAUGAUGUUUCAGCUGUUUUUAGUGACUAUACUUUUUGUUUUUUUACAAGUGUUCAAUAGAUGUAUACUACUUCUUUCCAAGACUAAUAUAUACUGUAAGCAUACCAAACAAAAUUAGUUUUCCACUAUUCAUGGUUUGUUUUUAAAAUUCAUAGUUACGUGGAUUUCUUUGUCUGUUUUAUAGCUUUUUGACUGGUUGUAAUGACAAACUGAAUGUCAACAGUUUUAAUGUUUUUAUCUAAAACAAAUGGAUGCCUUUGAGGCUUUGAAAUGUUUGUAUAGAGUAUGUUAUGAUGUUUUUCAGACUGUUGUGAAACUAGUUCUACAUUGUCAUUACCUUCGGCAUUUUAUAAUUAGUGGGCAAGUACAUUUCUUCAUUGUUGUACAAAAUCCAAAUUCUGGGUUCCUCAAAUUGAACAUCAAUCAAGUGUUCCUGGCAAAUCCCAAGAUGAUGUCACACUCAGCCCUCACCUUCAAAGACCUGCUGCCUGAUUUUUUGAAUUUUAUGGAUCAAUCAAUCAGAUUCCAAAAUGUAAGCAUGGAUACUCAGUUGGCCAGAGUCCAUACCCCGCCUGUUAUUGAUGGAAAUGUGAGUUCAUGUCAUCCUCGCACAGAAAAGCAGAUCUCCCUUUGAGUAUACCCUUCGUUCCACCAUCAUGUGUCACAUUUGAGGAAAACUGAAACUGUCAACUUCAUCUUGGGAUGCCUUUUUUCUACGAACAUUCUCUAGUUGUGUGCUUUUGGGAUAUUAUUAUUAUAAUUAUUAAAUUAUAGUAAUAUUUCUGCUAGAAUAUGUUGAAAUUAGUGCCCCCACAGUAUACAUACACCUCUGCAUCAACAGCCUUGACUUGAAAUUGGGACACUUCAGUGAAAUAAAAUCACAUUUUUGCCUAUUUGGUCCAUUGAUUAUAUUUAUGUGAACUUUUAUUGUAAAAUCAGUUAAACCAAAGUGCUUAUGUCAAUAAUUUCAAUUGCAUGAAUGUAUACAUUAUGUCUGAUUUACACCUGUUACCUGAUGUUUUUACACAGAUUUUCACAGCAACCUGAAAACACUUCGUUUUAUUUUGCCUUUUUUCAUACCAUGCAUUUCUGAUUUGUAUUGUUUUAAUUAGUUUUAAUCAUUUGUUUUUGUUAUGAAUGUGCUUUGCAUGUUUUACUUACUUUGCUAAGAUAAGGUGGAAACAUUUAUGUAAAAUGUAAACUUUUUUCUAAACUCAUUUAAGUUUAGCAUCACAAACUAAUUUUGCUUCUUUGUGCAAAUAUUGCUUAAAUGAGAAUAAAGAUUUGUGAUGUAUUUGAAGAAAGCAUUAUGCUGUCUAUAAAUAUGCUGCAAAAGAGCCGCUUGUCAUUCAUGCAACAGAAUAAAAACAUUUGCAGGUA